UUCCCCUCCGGCGCGAACCCUGCCGCCCCCUCCUCUGGGCCCCAGCAACGCCGUCUCCCCACCGCCCCCUUCCAACCCCCCAAAUCCUCAAACCCCGGCCUCCCGUUCCUCUCGUUCGACGUCAACUCGGCCGCUGCAUCCACCUCCUUCUCCGCUGCUCCUCAGUUCCCAUCCACAGUCGGUGGUGGAGGAGGAGCCACUGGGUUCGAGGAUGAGCCACCGCUCCUUGAAGAACUUGGCAUCAAUACCAAGCAAAUCUACCAAAAGACCCUCUCAAUUCUCAACCCUUUCAGAAUCAACCACCACCUUCACGAAGAUGCCGAUCUCUCAGGUCCGUUCCUCUUCCUCAUGGCGUUUGGAUUAUUUCAGCUCCUAGCUGGAAAACUACAUUUCGGGAUUAUCCUUGGUUGGGUGACGAUGGCGUCGAUGUUUCUCUACGUCGUUUUCAAUAUGCUUGCGGGUAAAAACGGGAAUUUGGAUAUGUACAAGUGUCUCAGCCUGAUUGGGUACUGUAUGUUGCCCAUUGUGAUGUUGUCGGCUUUUUCUCUGUUCGUGCCGCAAGGUGGAAUGGUGAUCAUGGUGAUAACUGGGCUGUUUGUGAUCUGGUCUACACGUGUCUGCACGGGAUUGGUAGUGGAGCUGGCUAACUGUGGAGACGAGCAUCGGGGAUUAAUCACGUAUGCUUGCUUCUUGAUUUACAUGCUUUUUUCGCUGCUUGUGAUUUUCUAGUGGGAAACAUCUUGUACAAGAUCGAAUCGCAUCGCAUUUGAUGAUAGCUUUUUGAAGCUUAGCUUGGAUGUUUUUCGUAUGUGUUUUUCUUCUUUUCACAUUGUAAGGGUUCUCAGUGGAAUAGAUAUAUAGUCGGAACUUUUUUAGGUGUUAUGGCGGUUGAUUAUGAAAUCAAAAGUUCAAUUGAUUUGUGAUGGCUGGAUGAUGGUUUUGAUAUGGCAGAUAAUGGAAUGGGACUCGGGUAUUCUUAUUUA